AUGAUACCACUUUUGAUCGGAGCCCGCGUAGGAGACACUAGAGAUGCUACUCGUGCUACCGAGCCUGGUGUUGAAGGGGCUGCUCCCGCUAUUGCUCAUGUAACCAGUUUUCCGGUGAUCCCGACCGCAAUCCCAUGUUGGCGGCCGAGUGGGACAGCCUUUCAGAUGCCGGUCGAUUUGUUGGAAGGGGAGCAUGGUGCCAUUAGAGUACGUGGACGGCCUCCUUGGAUUGGUCGUCUCUCUAGUCCAGAUGGUGCAGAGGAGGGAGACGUUGCUUACCUUCCACGGUUAUCACUGGCACCAACGGCACCUCCUCUAACGAUGGGGAGGAGAGGCAGACAGGACCUAGUACCCAGCAGGGAUGAGAGUCAAGAGCCAAUUUCAAGUGGAGAUGAUGAUGAGACUAACUACAUCGAGGAGACAACGAGCAAGCCCUCUAAGUCUGAGAGCGAGGAUGAUGAUGAUGCUGACUCGAAGUCAGGAAGAGGGGAGGAGGCUGAGACUGGCUCUGGGUCCGGGAGUGGAAAGGAUGACGAUGACUCAGAGUCUCAUUCCUCUGACGAUAGCGAUGUUGAUGACGAUAGUGCCUCUGAGUUCCCUCUAUGGAAAAGGACAAAGAGAGCCUCUUUAGCCUGA